AUGACUGCUGCAGAUGCUUUAUUCAAUGAAGCGGACAUUAAUCGAGAUGGAGCUUUAUCUCAAAAUGAAUUUCGAAAUUUUUUAAUACGACAUUCUACUGCUGGUCUUGAUAAUUCGAAUUAUUCGACUGGAAAUAAUUUAGCAACUGGCAAUAAUUAUGGUUCAUUAUCAUCUUAUGAAACAUCGACAUUUGGUGAUACAGGUUAUACUGGAGGUGAAUUUGUUGGUACUAAUUAUGGCGCAUCAUCUAUUCGUAAUUCAGUAAUUACAGAUGCAAGUACAUCUGCAUUUCAAUCAUCGAAUAUUCAACAAUAUGAAACAGAUGCUCAAGGAAAUUUCAAAGAUUCAAAUCCACAAAUUAUACGACGACCUGAUCCAACUGGACCACGUACUUAUACACAAAAUGUUCAAGUUCAAUUUCUUCAACCACCAGCUGUUCCACCACCAGGACCAUUGAUUAUUAAAGAAGUACGACCACCGCAACCACCACCGCUGCAACCACUUCGUGUUCGUCAACAAGCUCCACCACUUCCUACACCACCGGCACUUGUUUUACGUGAACGACCACCACCAAAACCAGCUUCUGUUGCAUCUCAGACUGUUGUUCGAAAUUUGAAUGCAAUUCCUGUUCCACCACGAUCAGUCGUUAUCGAACGUAUACCACCAACUCCACCAAAACCACGUGAUAUUAUUAUUGAACGUUGGAUUCCAUAUGGACCACAGGCUCAACGAAAAACAAUUGUUCAACGUGCACAAUCUGCUAGAUCUUAUCCACCACCACGUAAUGUUAUUAUUGAAUAUGAAGCACCAAAAGUACGUGUUAUUCGACAAUUUCAACGUCUUGGUAUUACUCCAGAAAAUCCACAAGAAUAUAUUCAACGUUAUGGAGCAUCACUUCUUGAUUCUCAAACAUUGAUUCAACAAGCACGUGUUGCUGGUGUUGUUGAAGACAUAUCAGCACCUGCUGUAAGCAAUUCAAUGGCUGUAUCAUCUAAUGGUGGUGUUGGUUUUGAAGUUAAUAAUAUUGGUGGAAUUGAUGCCGGAACUAUUGGCAGUGGUGGUGGUCGUGCUUCAUUCUAUGAAUCAUCAUCUAGUGGUAAUUUUUCUGGUCUUGGUGACUUUCGUUCAACAUUACCAAAUAUAUCAUCAACUGGUGGAUUAAAUGAAGGAAUUAAUGCAGUUUUUGCUGCAGCUGAUACAAAUAAUGAUGGUGUUUUAUCUCAAGCAGAAUUUCAAAAUGCUGGAUUUUAA